AUGGCGAAGACAAUCGUGAUCACUGGUGCCACAGGGACGCAGGGCGGAUCUGUGGUUGCCGCGUUCCUGCGUGACCCAUCUUUCAAUGUGCGGGCUUUGACACGAGAUACCGAAUCUCCCGCGGCCCAAGCACUGCGAGAGAAAGGGGCUGAUGUCGUCGCUGGAGAUCUAAUGAACGAAGCAUCCUUGGUAGCGGCGUUCAAGGCAAGAUUGAUUCUUGGUUUGGAAGAUGCUUCGACUAACGGGCCCCAUUAA